AGGCACUUGACGGGAACACUACAUCCGGGUAACCGCUGGGGUCCUGACAGCGCGGAAAAAAAAGCUUAGCUAAAUAAUCCGAGCAGCAUGUCUGGAAGAGAAGGAGGUAAAAAGAAACCCCUCAAAGCUCCCAAGAAGCAGUCGAAGGAGAUGGAUGAUGAGGACAUGGCUUACAAACAGAAGCAGAAAGACGAGCAGAAAGCAAUGGAACAGAUGAAAGCCAAGGCUGCUGGAAAAGGACCUUUGACUGGAGGAGGAAUCAAGAAGUCUGGGAAGAAAUGAAUGUGUUUUUAUUGUAUAUUUGCUUGCUGUUCAAACCACCAACUUAUGAUUUGGGUCCACAGUGGCAAAGUAAAAUAGUUAUUUUUUUUUAGUUGCUUUAUAUUGCUCUUGUUAACUAAUAAAGGCUGUAAAUUUCGAAUUC